AUGGCGAACAAUCUGAGAAUGAUUCCAAUCAUCUGGAAGUUUCCUAAAAACAACAUCUUCGAGUGCAUGGUUUUGCAUUACUUUUUCCUGAAAUUCAACGGAUACGCUUGCUUCACCAUCGUGGGAGCCAUCGAAACGGGAAAAACCCGUACGACCAUCUUCGACCGGGGCGUGUUCCUGUUCUUUCUGUUGCUGGCCAGUCUGCUGCUGGUCAGUAGCGUCUGGUUUGUCGAGGACGAAACCAACAUGUCGCCGCUGAUGGUCGUCGGAAGUAAAAUGAUGUGGAUUAUGUGCUACUGCUCAACGCUGUUCGGAAUCGUGUGGAACUUUAUCAAUCGGGAUAAAGUUUGGUCCCUCUAUACCCGGGUGUACAACGUGGAUCAGUUGCUACUGUCACUGGGGGCCAAUAUGCACUAUACCAGAACGUACCUAGCCAUGAUUGCGUUCUCGGUGACGGAUUUUAUUUUUCUGUCCGUGCUCAUAACUGGACACUUCUGGGGAAUGGAACUGAAAUGGUUAGCAUUUCUAACCUUCGGUUAUUCGAACGUAAGUCUAACGAUGUUGACGACAAUCUACUGCAUCGCCGGAAGUUUGAUCACAUUCCGUCUGGCGAAACUCAACAGUCUACUGAAAAAUAACAUGCUUAGCACGGAUACGUACAAAAUAACACAAGUUGCGGAGCGUGACUCAAUCCGCAUGGUUCAAAAGUACAUGCAAAUUUACGACCAGCUGUGCGAUUUAACAGACAUCGUAAACUUCUGCUACAGUGGGCAGAUUAUGAUUGCAAUCGCCGGAUCCUUCGUGUACUUGCUGUUCUUUUCGUUUGGAAUGAUUUUGUACAUCAAUCGGAACGAUCCGCUGCUCCAUUUUCCACCUUCCAUGCUGCUGUGGUGCGUAUUCUACAUGUGCAUCAUACUCUUCAUCGUGUUCAACGGAAGCUUUUUGAGGAAAGAGGGAAAGUACACAUCAAAUUUGAUCGACCAGGCAAUCAUUUCGACGAAUAAUUCCGAUCUAACCGAAAUGCUGCGCCUGUUCCUAAUGCAACUGGGUCAUAGAUCACCGGCUUUAACUUGCGGAUUGUUUCCAUUCGAUUGGACCCUUGUUUACUCGAUGAUGGCCACUUCCACUACCUAUCUGCUGAUUUUGAUACAGUUCGAAACUUCACGCUAG